AUGGUUCAAUUACUUCGUCUUUUGGCGUUUCCUUUUGACACCCUCGCCGUUCCAAAAUGCAAGUCCACACCAUACGAUUCCAACUGGCCAUCCGAAGGCGAGUGGGUAGCUCUCAACAAGUCAAUUGAUGGCACGCUUGUUAAGACCAUUCCGGUCGCCUCUUCUUGCUGGCCCGGAAACCCCUUCAACUCCUCAGUAUCUUGCGAGGUGGUGAAAGCGAACUGGCCACUUGCCGCGUUUCACUCAGAGCUUCCAGAAUCUAUCGACUAUCCCAUCUAUGCUAAUAACUCUUGCUUGCCUCCUGGAGCUGCUGGUUACGAUGAGAAGAGGGGAUGCAGUCUCGGUGGCUUGCCGGAAUACGUUGUCAAUGCGACGAGCGAGCAGCACGUGGCGACGGCCAUGAAGUGGGCUUCCCAACGCCACAUCCGGAUUGCCGUUAAGGGAACGGGCCAUGAUCUGAACGGUCGAUCCAGCGGAGCAUAUUCUAUAUCAAUCUGGACUCGCAACUUCAACAAGAUUGAGCAUAAUGCCUCUUGGUCGUUGCUGAACGGUGAAAAGGAAAAUGUUCUCAUCGCCGGCAGUGGAAAUGUGUGGGGGGACCUCUACGGCGCAGCUGCGGAGCAAGGCAGAGUUGUUGUUGGCGGUAACGACGAGACAGUAGGCCUCGGCGGCUUCAUCCAGGGCGGAGGUCAUGGGCCACUGACAAGCACUUACGGCCUUGCCACGCACCAGGUCCUCCAAGCAACGGUCGUUACCACAGAAGGUAGGAUCCUCGUCGCCAACGAUAGGCAAAACCAAGACCUCUUCUGGGCUGUUCGCGGCGGCGGUGCAGGCCAGUAUGGAGUCAUUACUGAAUACGUUCUCAAAACCCACCCACCGCCCGAGCUUGUGACAGUAGGCACUCUCCAGAUUGCACCUCGCACCGAUAGUGGUAGCCUUAGCACAAAUGCGACGUGGGACGCCGCUGCAACCCUCCUCAGCAGUAUUCCAGACCUCAUGGACUCAGGGUUGGCAGGUGUCACGAUGCUGGGGACGGGGAGGAGCGCCAUGUCGCUUUACCCGUCCCUGAAGGAGCCACCAUCCGGAGUGGUGAUGAACCAGAUGUUCUUCGGCUACAACAUUACUCCUGCCGCCAUGGCUCUCCUCGUCGACCCGGUCAUCACCCACAUCCGCUCGCACAGCAACAAUAGCAAGUUGGCCAUCACCUGGGCCGAGCCUGCUAUCUACCGGAAUUAUACCUCCUUUUCCAAGGUCAUAUCUGGAACGAGCAACGUCGCCGGGGGUGGGGCCUUGAUGUCCACUCGGCUGCUCGGUCGUGCUGAGCUCUCUGAACUUUCGCAGCACAAGCUUGCCAACUUCCUGCAAAAGGCUUUGCGGGCGCAGAACGAAUCCGACGGCACCCUUGCGAUCGUUGGCCUCCAAGGCGGCCCCGGUACUGCAAGGAUUUCUGAGUCCAGGUGGGGCAGCGUCAAUCCGGCCUAUCGUUCCGCCUACGUCCAUUUCAUCAGCAUGGGCGCGUCGAUCGAUCUCACCAGACCCAAAGAGGGUUUGGCGGCGGCGGCAGAUUGGCUUGAGGAGAACAAAGAGGCCUUGUUCAGAGAGUGGGCGCCGAACACCGGAGCUUACAUAAAUGAGGCGAAUCCUUUUAACAGCCACUGGAAGCAGGAUAUUUACGGAGUGCAUUAUGAAAAGUUACUCGAGACUAAGAAGAGAUACGACCCGAGCGAGAGCUUGUAUAUUCUUAACGGUGUUGGAAGUGAUCGGUGGGACUAUGACCUGGAUAGCGGCAAGCUCUGCCAGAUAUUAUAA